AUGGGGAAUUCCUACGCCGGGCAGCUAAAGUCCGCUCGCUUUGAAGAGGCACUUCACAACUCCAUCGAGGCAUCGCUGCGCUCCAGCAGUGGAGAUCCGCAGCCCAUCUUCACGCAACUCUACCUGAAGCCAGAGCCCUUUCAAGCCAACAUGGAUGAUGUCAAACCCAAAGUGGACCUCCAAGGUGGCGAGCUGCCCGGCCACGAGCUGCUGACCAACAGCCACUCGUCCAACGAACCGGAAGAACUGGAGGAGGACGAUGACUCGGGCAGUAACAGCCCCCCGCUGCCCUACUUGCAGACUCCCGUGCCGGAUGGCUGCUGCACAACGGAAGGAUUCUGCCAGGCUGGCAAGGACCUGCGCUUGGUCUCCAUAGCAACAGAGCCCAUCGACGUCCCGGCAGGCUUCGAGCUGGUCGGUGCCAAGUCCCCCAGUGUAGCUGACCACAUCUUGGUGUGCGCUGUGGACCGCCGCUUUUUGCCCGACGACAACGGCAAAAAUGCACUUUUAGGUUUUUCCGGAAACUGCGUAGGCUGCGGCGAGAAGGGCUUCAGGUACUUCACCGAGUUCUCCAACCACAUUAACCUAAAGCUAUCCACGCAGCCCAAAAAGCAGAAGCACUUAAAGUAUUACCUGGUAAAGAACUCUCAGGGUACUUUGUGCAAAGGCCCUCUCAUCUGCUGGAAAGACUGUAAAACGCGUCCGUUGUCCAGCGGUGCAUCCACGUCCAAACCCAGCUCAUCAUCUUCAGUCAGCUGCAAAGAAAAUGGAGGAACCGGUGGAAAUGGAUCAUCUCCAUUCUCCCUUUCAGAUUCGCCGCCCACUCGAGUGACACCGGCCUCGUCCGUCUUUUUCAACAGUCCUGACCUUAGCAGAGAAUGCGGCUUCAUCAAACCUCUGGCCUCCACGCCUGGAAACAAGACCUUCCCAAUAGUUCCCACUGCACUAAGGGUAAACGGGCCGACAAACGGCUUAGUUGUUGAUGGGCGGACCCCCUUACUCAGCACCUCCCAAGUCACUUUAGGACCUCAGGCCCAAGGCUAUCGAGCCUCAGACCUGGGUGGCAGUCCAGCGUCAUCCGCCAUGAACUCCGGUCCCCCCAAGAAACGUCAUCGGAGCUGGCAUCCCACUUCGAUUGUCGCAGCCCCGCCCACGGCUGUCCCCGUGCCGGCCAUCCGACCCGUCGUCUGUCCUUCUGGUUCUAUAUUAGGGGGUGCCUCUCCUCAACAUCCAGGGCCGAGCGCCAUCCAGACCCAACCUGUCAGCACUGGGGGGACGGUCAUCAUUCCGGAAAACCUGCUCAACUGUGCAGGCGUUCGCCCCGUCAUCCUCGUCGGGCACGGAACCAUGCCUUAUUUUGAAGGCAACCUCGGGGAUCUGGUGGUCAGCCCUCUGCUGGUGAGCUGUUACAAUCACAGCCAGCUAAGUGAGAAGACACUGAAAAUGCUGGGCCUCAGCGGCAGCCAGCAACUCAGCGUGGAGACCAUGAUUCUGCUCACGUUACAGUAUUUGGCACGUUUAGGUCCGGAGCAGAUCCCCCUCCGAGAGGAGCUGGAACAGAUCGUCUUGAAAGCCCUGCUCUGCUGUCCCAGCGGUCCAGCCAUCUGUCCAUCCCAGCUGCCUUGGCUAGCUCGACUGGAGGCUAGCGUUUCUGGGGGUGCUGUCCAAGUGGUGGUCUCCCACAAUACGCUGGCCGAGGGUAUCUGCGAGUCGUUGCGCUCCCUCGGCGAGGGGCCCCACCUCCAACAGUCGCUGCCCACGUAUGUGGUCAUCAUAUGCUCCUCCAAGAUGAACGGCAACCAGUUCUGCGUGAUGGUCUUAGGAAAGUAUCAAGCGCGGGCUUUAGCCGAGGGCAUGCUGACCACCAACGAGUUCCUGAAGGAAAUCAGCUACGAGCUCAUCACUGGCAAAGUCACCCUGUUGGCGUCUCACUUCAAAACCACUUCACUUGGGGACAAUCUGGACAAGCAGCUGGUGCGGUAUCAGCGGCGACGGAAGGGCCAGGUCAUCCAGCCCUUCCAGGGCGAUGUCACUGACCACAUCCACUCGCAGGAGGCGGCCAGCAUGUCACCACCUCCGGACAGAGAAUUGCUUAGCAAGGUCUUCCAGAUCUAUCCGACACAGCUGAGCGUGGCACGUCGCCUCCUCUCGCAAGUCUGCUCCAUAGCUGACUCUGGUAGCCAGAACCUGGACUUGGGCCGCUUCUGCAAAGUGGAUUUUCUGGUUCUGGUGCCGCCCUCUCACAUCUUGGUCAACCAGACGGCACAGCGCAUCCGACAAUCAGGCGUCCUGUUGGAUUUGGGGAUGGAAGAGUCGUGCUCGCCUCAGAAGUGCGACAAAUACGUGGUACGACUGGACGCAGACGUGCACGCCAAAAUGGAGGCCUUCAUGAGGAAAGUCAAACAGAACCCAUACACGCUGUUCGUCCUCAUCCACGACAACUCUCAUGUUGACCUCACUAGUGCACUGUCGGGCUCAGUGUGCCACGGUGAGCUGCAGGGUCUGGCCGACAGAGUGGUCAACUGCCAGGAGGUCUUGGACGCGGUCAACCUGAUAGUGCUGCAGGUCAGCUGUUUCCCGUACACGCUGCAGACCCACCAGUCUCGCAUCAGCAUGCAAAACGAGGUCAACUGGCCCUCCAACGAAAGCCUGCAGGGUUCGCUCUCUCCCGGCGAGUUAGCCUACUUCGGUCUGAUCGACUACAGCAAAUCUCUGCAGUGGGGCGUGGCCAGCCCCAUCCUGCGCUGUGAUGACGCCUUCGAGAAGAUGGUCCACACACUCCUGCAAAGACACCCUCAUCUGCACAGCAUGGUGAUCCGCAGCUACCUGCUCAUCCAGCAGUACACAGAGGCCAUGAUGGCGCUCACCUCCUCGCCGUCCCUGAGAGACCACAUCACGCCCGAGACGCUGGCCAUGGUGGAAGACCUGAUUAACGCGCCGGGCCGCGAGGGCUCGCAGGGUCGCGGCCACAUGCUACUGGUGCGAGUGCCGUCGCUGCAGCUAGCCAUGAUGGCGCGCGAGCGUUUGGAGGACGUGCGCGACAAGCUGGGCCUCCAACUGUGCUUCGCCGUGCUGCUGGGGAGCCCCGCCUCUGAGAUCAGCUUGCCCAGGAAUUUCACCUGUCGCCUACGGGCCUGGCGCGGAUGUGAGAAUGAAGACUGGGUCCCGCUAACCUACGAGGACCUGGAAGGUCUGCCGUGCAUCGUCAUCCUCACAGGGAAAGACCCCCUUGGAGAGAGCUUUCCCAGGUCUCUGAAAUAUAGUGACCUGCGUCUGAUAGACUCUAGCUACCUGACGCGUACGGCCCUGGAACAGGAAGUUGGCCUAGCCUGUACCUACGUAUCCGUUGGGGUGGUCCAGGAACCCAAGAAGGUAUCGGUGCCUCGGGAGUCGGACGGGGAAAAGACGGGCGCCGUCAUGAAUGAAGGAGAAGAGCUGGAGCGACCUCAUAGCAAUGGCAGCGCGGCCACCAGAACCUCCGGGUCCUUGGUGGAGAACGGCGUCAGUUCAUCCGACAACGCGGACGCACCCCCGAGGCCGUGCGCGGCGGAGGGUGCCGACACGUCGGGCCUCAAGCAAGAGUGCGACUCACUGGGCAGCCAGCUCCCUUCCAUUCCCACUAAAGCCUCCAAGGCGCCUCCUUCGCUGUACUCCAGCUCGUCGUCAUCAUCCUCGCCGUCACCGUCAUCCUCGUCCACGCAGCGACCCAGCCAGUCCACGCAGUGCGGCCGCCGCCCCAAGCCAGCACGCAUAUCGCCACGCACCGUCAUCAUGUCACGGCCCGCGUACAACCUGCUGUCGGCCGACUCGGGCGGCCAGCUGAGUUCUUUCUCGCUGCUACCCCACGCCGACGUGGACUGGAGCAGCCCUCUUAGACCCCCAAUUACAUCGGGCCUGCACGGCGAGGAGCAGAGCGCUUACUAUCGCCAGUGGACCGUCGCCAAGCAGCAUCACGCUGACUUUGAAGCACCGCCAGUGCCGCACCCUCGACGCCUCCUGUUGAGCGGACCGCCACAGGUGGGGAAAACAGGUGCCUACCUCCAAUUCCUUCGUAUCCUCUUCCGCAUGCUAAUCAGACUGUUAGAGGUGGACGUGUUUGAUGAGGAGGAGUCGGACGAGGAAGAGGCAGUUGAAGAGACAUCAGAGGCGGCGAUGCCGGUAAACGCUCAGUGGCCUGACGUCGAGGAUAUGCGCAAGCUUCCCUUCGACCCUAACCCCAGAGACUGCAAGUUUAGAAAAGCUAGCCCCGUUCACAGCGACAAGACGCCAAAGCGCCGUAGAGGUGAAGUUUUCAAGAAGCAAGAUGGAAACCAAAAGGAAGUCAAGCGUCAGACCAAGUCUAUACGACUCACUCGCUUUGCUGCUCACAACGCCUUUCAUCAUUGUGAGCAGUGUCACCACUACUGUGACGCCAGUCCUGACACGCAGCUGUCUGAGUGCACCUUCCACGCCUUUACCUUCUGCUCAUCCAUGCUGGGUGAAGAGGUCCAGCUCCAGUUUGUCAUUCCCAAAGACAAGGAGCAGCACUUUAUCUUCAGUCAACAGGGGAGCCACCUGGAGAGCAUGUGCCUACCUUUGGUCUCCACCAAGGACCCCGACUUGUUGAAGAGCCCCAUCUUCACGCCAACAACGGGACGCCAAGAGCACGGCCUGCUCAACAUCUAUCACGCUAUGGAGGGCGCCACUCACCUGCACAUCCUGGUGGUCAAGCACUUUGAGAUGCCACACUACAGGAGGUACUGGCCCAACCACAUCCUGCUCGUCCUGCCCGCCAUGUUCAAUAACUCAGGAGUCGGUGCCGCACGCUUCAUGAUCAAGGAACUGUCAUACCACAACUUGGAACUGGAGAGGAACCGAUGGGAGGAGCAAGGCGUCAAGCGGCAGGAAGUGUGGCCAUUCAUUGUCAUGAUGGACGACUCCUGCGUGCUGUGGAAUGCCCAGCAGCCUACAGACGGAAGGUGCGAGACGUCUAACGGCGGCUCAUCGCUCACCAAUGUUUCCCUGAAAGCGGUUCUAUGGCACAUGGAAACCACGCCAAAGAUCCCUCUCUACGCCAUAUGCGGAACUCGCAAGUGGAACAGCGGCCUGGCCCGCAAGGCCUUCAGCCGGCCUUUCAGUCGGGGCCACCUGCACGACUUUAUCCUGCUCAAUGUAGAUCUAACCCAAAACGUCCAGUAUGAUCUCAAUCGGUACAGUUGCGAGGAGGUGGACUUCAAUCUUCGAGUGAACAGCAGCGGACUCCUACUUUGUCGCUUCAACAGCUUCAGCUUGAUGAAGAAGCACAUUCCAGUCGGAGGCAACCAAGACUACAUGGUCAAACCCAAACUCAUGGAGAUAGAAAACCCGGCCCCUAUCAGCCCAUCACAGUACGUGUGCGCCCCGGACAGCGAGCAGACCCUGCUAGAUGCACCGGCCCAGUUCCUGCUGGAAAGGUACCUGCAGAGCUGCAGCCACCGGCUGUUCCCUGAAGCCAUUCGGAACCCAAACAACCCAGUCCUGUCCAUUGACAGCUACCUCAAUAUCAGUCCGGAGAUAUCCGUGUGCUACAUCAACUCCCGUCCACACUCCACCAACCUUAACCACCAAGGCCUGGUGUUCAGCGGCCUGCUGUUGUACCUGUGCGACUCCUUCGUUGUCUCCGGACUCCUCAAGAAGUUCCGCUUCCUCAAAGGCGCCAACUUGUGCGUCAUCUGCCAGGACCGCAGCUCCUUGCGUCAAACCAUCGUGCGUCUAGAGCUGGAGGAUGAAUGGCAGUUCCGCCUGCGAGACGAGUUCCAAACGGCCAACUGCAGCGAAGACCGGCCUCUUUACUUUCUCACCGGACGCCAUGUUUGA